AUGACCACACCCAUACUGUCCGGCGCAGUAUGCAGCGAGCACCGUCUCGCCUCUCAAGUGGGCACCGAGAUGCUGGCUGCAGGAGGGUCAGCUGCGGACGCCAUGAUUGCGACUGUACUUGCUAUCAAUACGCUUUGCCCUUAUCAUUCGGAUCUGGGCGGAGGGGGCUUCGCCAUUGUCCGGAGUCCUGCUGGAGAGUAUCAGGGACUGGACUUUAGACAGCAUGCCCCAGCUGCUGUCACGAUGGAGUUCUAUCAGAAUGGCGCAUCGACCUCGAAAGGCGGGGCGGCGGUGGCUGUACCUGGAGAGCUGCGCGGUCUCGAGCAACUACACCAGCAAUAUGGUCGACUACCAUGGUCCAAGCUGUUUGAGCCCAGUAUCAAAUUCGCCGAGGAGGGAGUGCCAUAUACGUGUAGAGAAUGCGUACCCGGCGGAUCAGAUCAGAUCGAAGGGUCCUUCUACCAGACCGACGAGAUGUACGCCCCGCUCUUUCCAGACGGCAAGGCUCUGCCUCCCGGCGCAAAAUACCCUCGGCCAGAGUUCGCUCGUACCCUGCGACUGCUGGCAGACCGAGGAGCGGAUGGCUUUUACGAGGGAGAAGUCGCGGAGGCUCUGAUCAAGGUGGUCAGGGAAAGAGGGGGACUGAUGUCGCUGGAUGACCUGAAGAACUUCCAACCUCGGUGGAUCGACCCUAUCCAAGCCAGAUACCGAGACUAUACACUAUGGACCCUCCCUGCGCCUGCAUCAGGAGCGAUCUGGCUCUCGGCGAUGGGGAUGCUCAGUCAGCUUGAUCGGACAGAGGAGGGCGCAGUAUUGGGUCAGCACCGCGUUACUGAGGCUUUGAGACUAGCGUUCGGACAGAGAACCGAGCUGGGCGAUCCAGCCUUCGUUCCCGGUCUCCAAGAGAAGCAGGCAUCCUGGAUAUCCGAGGAAGGCAGCAGGAGAAGAUCAGAGAUGAUCUCGGACGAGAGGACAUUCCCGCCAGAAUACUACAUGACACCAAGUACGGAGAUCAAGUACGACAGCGGUACAUCCAACAUCACGACUGCCGACUCCUCCGGACUCGUCAUCUCCCUCACGACCACCGUUGGCUGGAAUUGGGGCAGCAAGAUCAUGGUGCCCGGGUAUGGCUUCGUUCUCAAUAAUUCUAUGGACGACUUUUCGGUUCAAGGGCGGCCGAAUGGGUUCGGGUACGAGCCCACACCGGCCAACUACGUGCAAGGCGGGAAGAAGCCGCUCAGCUCGAGCUGUCCCUAUAUCGUCGAAGAUAGCACAGGAUGCGUCGUGCUCUCCGGCGGCGCAGCGGGAGGCAGUACCAUCAUCUCCAGUAACAUCCAGGUAGCCAGGAACGUGCUGGACUUUGGGAUGUCAGCUGCGGAGGCCUUGCGCGCAAACAGGCUCCACGACCAAAUCCAGCCGAAUGUGACAUAUCUCGAAAGAACAUCGACCACGCAGGGCAUCACGGUCGACGGGCACUCGGAGGAGUUGGCCGAUGGGCUGAGAGAGAAAGGCCAUGUCGUGGAAUGGGUCACCGCGCAUAGGAGUACACCUUGUGCGAUGCGGUUCACGUCGGAAGGCAAGUGGGAGGCUGCUGGAGAUCCUCGGAAGCACGACUCAGGCGGGAGCGAGUCUUAUGCUUGA